AUGUUUCAGGAUGGCCUCGGAGAGAAUGCGGAAAGAUUUACUCCAAACUUUGUUGUUAGCUUCACAACAUUAUCAAUAUACGCACUUGUUAGUGCAUUUUGUUUCAAACAAAAACCUCAACGUGGUAUUGACUGGAUUCGAAGCAAACCGUGGUUAGCAUGCGCGGCCAUUGGAAUUGAUGACAUGUUCAUAAUGAGUGCUUGUUGGGAGCAAUCAGAUGAAAGGCAGCCCGUACCUGUAAGAAUGGCGCAGACAUUGUCUCACGCAGGUGUUGCUGUUACAAUUACAAAUAUUACGGAUAUUAUGUCAUUUGCUAUAGGUUGCAUUACUGACCUUCCAGGAAUUCGGUUAUUCUGCUUAUAUGCAUGUGUUUCCGUAGCAUAUUGUUAUUUGUUUCAAGUAAGUAGUGAUUUUGUUUAAUU